AUUUCAUUUGUGCACAGGCAAUCAUUUGCUAACUCAUAAUCCAAGCCCUUCGGAACCCCCUCUGACGGCGUGAUCACUAUGUCAAAACGGUCUUUCGAUGAAUUUUCAACAGUUCCUUCAGGUUCUCGGUAUUCAUUGAUAUUGCAGCAUGCAGACCACCUGCUAAAAGCAGCUCAGUCUCUCAAGCAGGACCUGGAGCGAUUGGGAAAGUACAGCACUUCGCCUUCACAUGAGAAAAUCUUCUCAACUCUCAAGCAACAUAAUAAUGAGAUACACCUUGCGACGCAAGCAUUAUCUCAUGAUGAGACUUCCAGUGUGAGCACAGCAUCAGAGAGCACUCACAAGGUCCAGAAAAUAGACAAGCAACAAGACUCUUCCAAUGAACACCCGCAGUCGGGAUUUUUGAUUCCUAAUCCUACAGUACUCACAAAAUGGACGUCUCAAGAUAUUUGCGAUGCAGAUUCGCAGCCGCCGCUGCCCCCUGCACUGGACCCUGUUCUCGAAAAGGCAGCACGUACGCAUGCCGGCGUAGCGAGAGGCAUCGGGGAGAUGGAUUAUGAGCGGCUUGAGUGGAUUGGGGAUGCAUAUCUGUAUUUGAUCUCAUCCGCAUUCAUAUAUCAGACAUUUCCCAAUCUUGCCGCUGGGCGAUGCUCGCAACUUCGCGAACGACUUGUAAAGAACGAGACGUUGUCCGAUUUCACCGUACGAUACAACCUCGACAAGCGAGCUAGGUUGCCCACUGAAUACCAGCCUGGCGGCAGGCCAUCCCAGACAGGCGCUGGCACGUCGGCAUCAAAAAAGGAACGGAAGAAGAUUCUUGGCGACCUCCUGGAAGCCUACAUGGCCGCGGCCAUCCUAGGUGAUGUUGGCGGCCUCUCGCGCGUCACUACAUGGCUAAAGCAAGUUUGGGCCACUACACUUCAGCGAGAGAUACGUGACGAACACAAGAAAUCUGCUGUUGAGGGCUAUUCUAACGCUGUCGGAGGAGAGGGCCAGUUUAGUGGUGGUAGUUCAGCGCAACCUCUUCCACCGAAAGUAGUCUUGAACAAAGCCAUUGGAACGAAGACGGUAAAGAUCACUUAUCAAGAUGAGGGCCAACCGAAGAAGGACAAGAAUACAGGCUUACCAUGGUUCACCGUGGCGGCUUAUUACAAUGGCUUGGGCGAAACAAAUCUCAGGCUUGGGCACGGAAGCGGCCUCUCAAAAAAGGAUGCAGGCGAAAAAGCAGCACUUCAGGCUUUGGAGAACAAGAAGUUGAUCAAGCGACUGCAAAAGCUGAAGGAUGACAUGAAUGCCACGCUUGCCAACACUGAAAAGCCCUUGGAUAAGUAAAAGAGAGCAAUAUCUGCCUCAGAUCAUUAAUGUCCCGUCUGUGCCCGAUCAAAGGACUACUGAGCACAUAUAUGAGCACAUCAAUUUCUCAUUGGUAUUGUUGCUCAUAGGCCUCUCGGUACUUUCUGCCAUAGAUGCAGUACUGUAAAGGGGGCACAACCAGUCGGACCAGGCACUUAGAGUAGCGGUCCUUACCACUUGAGUUGACCUCUGCCCCAGGAAUCCGCAUCCCCAAAUGUACGUUACAUUUAUAAUCGAUUAGUAACAAAAUAAUAUGUAUAUAAGCCAGGUCAGCGGACGCAUGGUAGAAUUAGGCCUCAUUAGUAAAAGGUGAGGAAAGCAGCCCCUUUGAUUCAACCGCACAGCUUCUUCGUACUUAGGUACUUACCUAUUCACAUACUUUACAUACCUACCAUUCCAUACUAUACCUAACAUAACUCCGCCCA